CUGCGUAAGCCCUGACCCCGCCCCCUUCCCCUCAGUCCUCUAGCCGCGCAGCGCCUGGACAGAAUGGCGGCUCUUUUGGAAUCUGCUCUGCUGAAGAAAGUGGAUAUUAAGACGGUCUUGGACUGGCUGACGAAUAUCAAAGGGGAUGACAUCCUGGCAUUCAGUGAACCUGUGUUGACAGUCCACAAACAAGAAUUUGUCCCUUUUCUGUUGAAUUUCCUGAGAGAACAGAGCAGUCAAGCACUAACCCAUGGCCCUGCAACGCCAGCCAAGACCCCCAGUCGCUCCAGACCUGCUACACAGAUGCAGGGCUUCACUGACAGGAGAGGAUGCAGGUCUGGUGGAAGUGGAGCUGGUUCUCGGAGUGCCAGCAGGGUCCAGUUGUUUUCUCCUGCCUCCUCUGUGUCACCAGGAACUGAGUGGGAUGCAGGUGGACAGUCGGGAUCCCACUGUCUCAGUGGGGUUAACUCCUUCAGCAGCCCCUCCUUUACUACAGCAUGGAGCCCUGCCUCCAGGCCGUCAGGCUCUGAGCGCCGAUCUAGCAAUAAGAUCAGUCUAGGGGACUACAUGGUUUCUCCUCCUGAGCACCAGAACAGCCCAAACUUCCAGUCUCAGAAAGGCCGCAGGAGAAGUGGUGGCACCACAGCUGUGGUGGGACAAGGGAGACAUGGAGGAGGGCGUGGAGGACAUCACAGUGAUGACACUGGACGCUGGGAGAGUGGGGGGAGGAGGUCAGGUAGAGGAGGAGGUGGAGGGCACAGUAGGAUAAGUGAGCAGGUGUCACCUCCAUCUGUGGAGCAGCUCAACUUAAGCAACUUGGAGGACUUCCCUCCUGUUGGAGCAUCACCUGUUUCACCUGCGGCAUCCAAACCAUCAAGACGAAUAAACCCAACACCAGUCGGUGCAGAGCGACCACAAUCCAAACCUAAGACCUGCUUCACCUCCACCCCAUUCAGUAAACCCUCUACUCCCCCUUUAAGUGUGGAGACAGUUGAGGGGUCAGUGAAUUUAGGCAGUCCUCUGAGCCUGCUGGAAGAGCGGGAGCUGCUUAAGAGGGAAAAGACAAAGCGGGCCCAGCUGGUCAGCUCACCUCUGUCGGUCUCUCUAGACCCCUGCACCCCAACCAAGUCAGGGCUCAGGACAGGAUCUAAAGUCACUCCAGAUUUGCAGACACUCUGUGAACCAUCCAAAGUCACCUAUUCUUCGGAUCUGGAUCUCCUGGCAGAGCUGUACUGUACCUGCAUUUCUGAAAACUUAGUGCCAAACAUUUUUCUGGAGCUGUUCUUUGUGAUGCAGCUGCUAACAUCUCGGUCUCCUCACACUCAUGAUGAUGAGGAACAGGGAAGUUUGUGUGCAAGAAAUUCAGAUGUCCUGGAGAGAUGUUACCUGAGACAAGUACACAACUGUGUGUACUUUGCGGUAAAGGUGCUGGAGAAUCAGUUCCAGUUGGUAGCUCAUUUGGACAAGUGUACAUUGCGGAUGCUGGCAGAAAACGAACGUGUGGCGUCUUUCUCUCCGGAUCUCAGGGACCGUUUGACUCAGGCCCAGGACGGGAGCACAGCAAGGCUCUCUCCGUCAGCUUCCACUUUCAUCCACUCAGUCCCAUUCCAGCCCGCCACUGACAACAGGUCCAACUUUGGAAGUGACAAGUCCUUCCACACUUUUAAAAAACAGAGAGAUAUUUUUUAUGAGGUCUUGCGAGAAUGGGAGGAUUUUCACAAGGAGCCAGGGUGGACCUUUGACUCUGCCCUUGGGAGUCGGAUAAGAGGAAUGAUGAGCCUGCUGACCUCUGCAGGAAACCAUUCCCACUUCAGUCGUCUCUUCCUGAAGCAGCUUGUUCAGAUGUGUAAAGGCCCUCGACUGAACAGCUCCCCCGGAGAUACCCCUGAUGCUGACCUGCUAGGCAUGCUGGGAGCAGACAGCUUGGGGCGCCUGAAGCGACUUGAGGAGCGUCUCAUUCAGCCUCAUGGAGUCGCGGGUCCCUGCCCCCCUCCAUCCUUUCCUGGUCACCAAGAGUUCUUCAGGGAUUUUCUGCAGGCAGCCAGCUGCUGCCAGCUGAACCAGCACUUGCAGGACAGCCUGUGUCAGCAGCUCCUCCAGCUGGAUGAGGUGUCCAUCCUGAGCCCUCCUGCUUCCAUCAGGGAGGGAGAGGAGGAGGGAGACGGUGAUAUGGAGCAGCAGGAUGAGAAGCAGCGGUUCACCUCAGUGCUGCUCCUCGCUCGUCUGCUAGCCAAGUUUCUGGGAUUCAUUUCCUUCUUGCCUUAUCAAACAGCUGACAGACCAUCCAGAGAAAUACAGGAGACCGCUAUAGAGCUGCGCAGCAAGAGUGUUCCCGUGCUGGAUGUGUGUGCUGUGUUGGCUAACAGUGUGAAAAAGAGGCGCACCAUCUUGACCAUACCCUGGCUGGUGGAGUUCCUCUCCAUGCUGGACUUUGUUGGUCCUCUGCUAAUCUGCUAUAGGACUGCAUUAGGCACACUGCUUCUGCUUUACAGGAGAAUGCUGCUGGGCAAAUGUGGAGAAAUGGGGUACCUGAACAAGCUGCUCCUGGUUUCUGUGUUGGGUUGGCUUUUCCAGAUCCCGGUGAUUCCUGAAGACAUUUUCUUCACUGAUGACUUCAGCAAGGUGGCAAAUCUGGAGGAUAGUGUCACAAGUGCUACAGGGCUCGACUGCAUCCCCCUGGUGGAUCAACAGCUUCUCUACACAUGUUGCCCAUUUUUAGGUGAGUUUCGUAAGCUUCUUGCUGCCUUCGUGUCCGGGAGCACGGCCAAAAGUGGAGGAAUCAUUCGCAAGAUCACUCCCACUUCUGCUGAGCCCAGGGAUACGCCGACCGCCAACAGGUCGCAGCAGAAGCUACAGGUGGAUCUCGAGCAAGCCUUCUUCCACAACCAGCCCCCGUCGCUGCGCCGCACCGUGGAGUUUGUUGCAGAGAGAGUCGGAUCCAACGCUGUGAAGCAUAUGAAAGCCACAUUAGUGAGUGAGCUGGUGGAGAGAGGGGAGAAGAUGCUAAAAGGUGGACUGGAGUCACCGAACUCAAAUCCGUCCAAACUGAAUGACUCCAUCUGCGCUCAGCUGUGUGUCGCAGGGCUGGAGGCGCUUGCAAGAGCAACCAGAUUUUGCAGCGAGAAGAGUCCUGAAGCUAUACGAAUCCUGCUCCCUGAUGAGACCUCUCCAGCUGUCCUGACUACAUCUGAAAACAUCACCAAACGUCUUGCAACGGAGAAAGCCUGCAGCUGGCUCUCUGCCAACAUCACAGCGUUGAUAAGGCGAGAGUGGAAAAGCAGGUACGACCGUGUGAUGAAGGCUGUGGGAAGCCCCGGGGCUCCAGACUCUGGUAAUGUGGUCGAGCUGGUCUCCCACGAUCAGUCCACUACUCCCAAGAGGAAACAAGGAAGUGAGAGAGUGACAUCCUGCCCUCCACACUGCAACCACAGUGCAUCACUGCCCUCUGACGUCCUCAUAGAGAUAAAGGAGUUGCUGAGUGUUGCUGUCGGCCCCAGGACGGAUGAAGAGCUGCAGACCAGCUCUCAGAUCCACACUCUGCUACUGAGAGUGGGAGAAACACUGGCCUGCAGGAAGUUUUCAACCGUGGUGUCAGACCAAAUGUUGGUGAACUCAACAGUCCUGCUGGCCUGCAAACUGGUGUCCGCAGAGCUGCCCGUGCUGCCUCCACCAGGGUGCAACACAGGUGACGGGGUUGUUGUGGGUCCUGGUUCAGGGUCAGAGCCUCCUGUCAGAGCGCUGCUGGAGCAGCUUGCUGAGCUGUGGGAAGGAGACUGCUAUUCCUCUGCCCCCCUCCACCUUCUCUUCACACCGCUUACUGUCAAUGCUGUGCUGAAGGCUAGCGACACUGAGUGGAACAACUACCUGUUUCUGGUCCGAAAGCUGGUAGACAGAGGACUCCUGAGUGAGGAAGAGGUCAUAUCUCAUUGGAAGAAGCUCACAGACUUGGCCUUACCAGCGGAGCUAAUAGAAAAUUUUCAGCUGCAGUCACAGAGUAUUAAACCACAGUUGCCUCUGGCUGAGUUGCAGAGCCACUUGGACCUCCUGCAGGUCUCACAACAGACAGUAGAGGGCGCUACAUAACAACAAUAAUACAUUAUUUCCAGUAACUAUCAUCUUUUCUCUGAUCACCACAGUGUUUGAUGUCACCUUUUUCAGUGUGGUGCUGAAGAAAGAGAGAAAGUUUUGGAUGAAAAGCUGUUGUCUCUUGAUUGUUUUCUGGAUUUCCACUGCACAGCACAUUGACGCUGCCCCACAGUCAGCCUCUGCACACACUUUGCAAGCUUCAGACUUUUGUUACUCACCUGUGAAGUGACAGCAGCCAUGAAUGCUGGAUCCCUCUUUGGUAUGGCACCAGCGUGAAAACCAGGAGCCCUGCCAGUCAGAAGACGCUGGGGACCACAUUACCGCAAACUUUGGAGUCCUGUAUCCGUUAGGUGAUUCUAUUAUGAGUACUAAUAGAUCAAACAGUCUAGACUAUGGCAAAGAAUUAGCAAAGACAGAGGGGUCAGCAUCAGAAUAUGCAUUUGUGACUCAAGAAAUGUAGCUCUAGGCUCAUAAAAUAUGUCAUGUUCCCAAUUUUCACAUGAGGUGUCCCCGUACAAGCCAUAGUUCAGGCUGCUGCUAAAACAGACUGAAAAUGUUGAUUUUAAAGAACCUCUGAAGAGAAGUAAUGUCUUAAUUUUAGUAAAGCACUUUGACACUGCCUGUUGACCGCCACUACUAGUGACUGCAUGUUUAUUUCAUGAAUGCCAGACGGUGUUUGUGAUUAGUUUUUGUUCAUGUUGAACGACCGCUGUAUUCCCUGUUGCUUUUAAACUGAAUUAUUUUUUAUGAUGCCAUAAAAUAGAAAUAACAAUAAAGAUGUAAGCUAUUCAAAG